AUGGUGGGCGCUGCUGGUGAGGAGGAGGUGCCUGCCGACCUCUCGCUUGUGGAGCCCGAGGCCGCCGCCCUCGGCUUCCUCGCGCAGGUUGGCCGCCUGUAUCGCUGCGCGGCGUUCGACGCAGAGUCGCGGCCGCAGGGUGAAUACCUCAUCCAGGCGGUAGGCGCCCACCCGCCCGACGAGGAGGGCCAGUUCGCACGGGCCGAGCAGAUCUGCUGCAGCGACGGCUACUGGGCCUGGUGGAUGGCUCAUCCCGUGGAGCGCGGCGGGGCAGGGCGGCCGCUCUAUCACUUCUGCGCGGAGGAGAUGUGCCUCGCCACGCCGAGCGCCUCCCGCGGGGCGCUGAUUCACGUCUCGGAAUUCGAGGAGGUCGACGCAGCGGAGGCGUCGGAGUUCUAUCUGGAGUGCCAGGCGGUGGACUCUUGGGCCAGCUGGCCAGAGGAGUCCGGGCCCGAGCCUACAGGAGAGGCGGCGGCUCGCAAGUCGACGGAGGUCGCGCUGGACGAGUUCGGCAUGCCGCUCGACAGCUGCGCGGUUCAGGACACGGCUGCUCCUGCCUCGGGCUCGCACCCCAGGGCGGCGCCAGCGCGCGUCGGCAGCCGCCAGCCCGCUGCCCUGCAGGCUUCGCCGCUAGAGGAGGCAGGCGCCCGCCUGUCAGCCGUAGCGCCCCCUGCGCGCGAGGCUGGCGACCUUCGCGCUCGGCUCGAUCGGCUUCGCGGGGCGCUGCAGCCAGCCCCUGCGGGGAAGCAGCCGACGGAGAAGCUUCGCGAGGCGGUGGCUGGAGCAGCCCCUGCGCGCGGCGGAGCCAAGCGGCCGCUGGAGGAGGUCGUGCAGGACAGGGCCGACAAGAGGCGCGCGCCCGAGGUGCCAGCAGAGGCGGCCGCGAGGGCCGCGAGCGGUAGCACUGGGGCAGGAGGCGAGGGGCCUCUUCUCCAGUUGUUGCUUGAGGCGGCGGCCAGCAGGAGCGGCACUGGUGACGUUUUGCAGUCAGUUCUUAGUGGCGCCAGCGGCAGUAGUGAUGGGGCUGUCCCGCGAGGUCUCGCCUCUCGUCGAGGUCAUUUUCGCCAGAUUGCCGCCAAGUUCCCUGGGCUUCUCUCUGAACAGGCACUGGCCAAGAUGAGUGAGUAUGUCACCACGCAGGUUGGUGAGGAGGCGGGGGGGGAGUUCCCGCCUAUCUUCCUGCAGUACUUUUUGAAUGUCUUCAUCCCUCAGAACCCCAUCAAGUCGAUCGGGAUUGAGGUCUACCGCGAGAUGGGGACAGUCUGCGAGGCCGCGGAUGCCAUCCUUUCGGGCAAGGCGGCCUACGCCUUGGACGUGCUGAGUCAACGGUUCAAGGCGCUUCAGCUUUUCGCUAUUGACAAGAGUUGGUCAGGUGCUCGCUGGCUGGAGCUCAUCCCGCCCUCGAACGAGCAGCUUGCGCUCAGGACGGAGGAUGAGGAGAUCGCGCGCACAGUCGAGCUGGGCGAAUUGCGCCUCGAGGAGCUGCUGUCCAAGCUCAAGCGGGGGCCGCAGCGGACAGUGCAGCUGCGCGAGGACGUUUCGAAGGAGGCGACGCCGAAGGAGGUCUCCUGGAAGGCCAUCAAGGACGCCCACCCGAAGAGGCAAGGCGAGACGCGAGGAGCCUACGGCAUGCGCCUCGGGAAGCUCAUGCAGGAGGCUCGCGGGCGACAGGACCGACCCGCGAAGUAG